AUGCUUUUUCUUUACACUUUUCUCUUUACGCUCUUAUCUUUACAGUUUUCUCCUUACGCUCUUCUCUUUACGCUUAUCUCUUUAGACUUCUCUUCACGCUAUUUUCUUUAUACUUUCCUCGGCACGCUCUUCUCUUUACACUUUUCUCUUUACACUUUUCUCUUUACGCUUUUCUCUUUAGACUUCUCUUUACGCUUUUUUCUUUACACUCUUUUCUCUUUACGCUUUUUUCUUUACACUUUUCUAUUUACGCUUUUCUCUUUACACUUUUCCAUUUACACUUUUCUCUUUAGACUUUUCUCUUUACGCUUUUUUCUUUACACUUUUCUCUUUACGCUUUUUUAUUUACACUUUUCUCUUUACGCACUUGUCUUUCGACUUCUCGUUACGCUUUUUCUUUACACUUUUCUCUUUACGCUCUCCUAUUUACACUUUUCUGUUUACGCUUUUCUCUUGAGGCAUCACUUCCCGCUUUUUUCUUUACGCUUUUCUCGGCACGCUCUUCUUUUGACACUUUCCCUUUACACUUUUCUCUUUAGACAUUUCUCUUUACGCUUUUUUCUUUACACUUUUCUCUUUACGCUUUCCUCCUUAGACUUUUAUCUUUAA